AUUAAUAGUACUUCACAAAAAAUAUUCAAAUGUUAUGUGCCAAAAACAUAUGUUUUACUGAACGAACUAUCAAAUGAAUAUCAUAAAGGAACCUGUUCCGUCUACUCGAUUGCAAUAAUUCCGAAUAAUUCGAUACAUCACUAUUUCGUAGCGUCUCCCAAAAAAAUUUUACAAAUUUUGUUAAGGAAAACGAAAAUUUUAAUUUUGUUUUGUGCAUUUCCUCGCUUAAAGCGCAUCUAGGACAAGUACUUUACAUUGUUUCGUCUAUUGCGCCAGUUUGUGCCUGUUCAUUUGCAAAUUACUUACACCGAAAAGCUUACGGCGUACAUGCGUUCUUGAUUGCGAAAAGGAAAACAACAGUUACUCGUUCACAAAAGGCCAACAACAUGAGCUCUACUGAGGAAAAUAGUCCAGCAACCACGCCACAGGAGAACGAAGCACCAUCGGGCGAGCCACCCAAUCCCAGGGACUUGGAGAAAAUCGAAGAGGAGAAGCUCAAGUCCAAAUAUGCGAGUGGCGUACGAGUGCCUGGCGGUCAUUCUGCCUUCCUCCAGAAGCGUCUGCAAAAGGGCCAAAAGUUCUUUGAUUCGGGUGAUUAUCAGAUGGCUAAACAAAAAGGUGGUGGCGUCAAGCAGGUCUUUGCCAACAAGGUGACCACCGGUGAAGCCAUACCAACGCCCGAAACGGUGCCAGCGCGCAAGACAUCCAUUAUACAGCCGUGCAACAAGUUCCCAACGACGAGCUAAAGUGUCUGAUCUAUCAACAACCUACAAAAAAGCUCCCCUGAUGCACCGCCUUCCCAAAUGCUCUUUACCUAAUAUUAUAUAGCCUAUUAUUGCAAGUUUGGCUGAUCUAUAAGCACUAUGCCGUUGCGCUGGCGCUAAUUUUGCCGAAUUAUAAACAUUUCAUGCAAGUUUUAUUUGAUUUAGUUUAUUCCCACGUAAACCGCUGUUUUCCUUUGCUCCUCGAAAAUUACUUUGCGCCCCAAAUAACUGGCUAAUGCCGUCAAUCUCAAGAACAAUGAAUGUAUUAUGGCACUAUUGAAGCAACACGUCUUUAUUCAAAAGUUCUCUUUAACAAUAUAUAUUACCCUGAUCGUAUGUAGUUGUAAGUUAUUGAAAUCAUAAUAAACUUAAGUUGUAAACAGCUCUAUUCAACAUUUUUGGAAAAUUACGCAAAGUGUUCGGAAUAUAAUUUUGAAAUGAAAUCCACGUGAAUAAACAUUCAAGAAAACUGA